ACGGAAGGAAGGGGCGGGGCGCCAUCUACGGAGAAAAAACAACCCAAAACAAAAACCGCCCAUCUGCCCGCGAAGAGACGGCGGAGGGGCCCGCUCCGCCCUGAAGGCGGUGCUGUGUGCCGGGGGCCCCUCGCGGAGGGUUGUGGGGCGGAGAGCUCCCCCCUGAUGGAGACGCAUGGAGCCGGGAGGGCGGGGGACUCCAUCUCCCAGCAUGCCCCGCGGGGCCCGGCCGGCCGCGACUCCGGGCUCGCCCCGGCCCUAGCGCGUCGGCGGGGUUUCGGGGCGCGCGGAGGCUGCAGUCACGGUGGCGCCCGCGGGGACGGAGGAGGGAAUGAGUGAAGAGGAGCAGGGCUCCGGCACUACCACGGGCUGCGGGCUGCCCAGUAUAGAGCAAAUGCUGGCAGCCAACCCGGGCAAGACCCCGAUCAGCCUUCUGCAGGAGUAUGGGACCAGAAUAGGGAAGACGCCCGUGUACGACCUUCUCAAAGCCGAGGGCCAAGCCCACCAGCCUAAUUUCACCUUCCGGGUCACCGUUGGCGACACCAGCUGCACUGGUCAGGGGCCCAGCAAGAAGGCAGCCAAGCACAAGGCAGCUGAGGUGGCCCUCAAACACCUCAAAGGGGGGAGCAUGCUGGAGCCAGCCCUGGAGGACAGCAGUUUUUUUUCUCCCCUAGACUCUUCACUGCCUGAGGACGUUCCAGUAUUUACCGCUGCAGCGGCUGCUCCUCCUGUUGCAUCUGCUGUCCCAACCAGGAGUCCCCCCAUGGAGGUGCAGCCCCCUGUCUCCCCUCAGCAGUCUGAAUGCAACCCUGUCGGUGCUCUGCAGGAGCUGGUGGUGCAGAAAGGCUGGCGGCUGCCUGAGUACACCGUGACCCAGGAGUCGGGGCCAGCGCACCGCAAGGAGUUCACCAUGACCUGCCGAGUGGAGCGCUUCGUGGAGAUUGGCAGUGGCACUUCCAAAAAGCUGGCAAAGCGUAAUGCGGCGGCCAAAAUGCUGCUUCGAGUGCACACGGUGCCCCUGGAUGCCCGGGACGGGACGGAGGCAGAGCCUGACGACGACCACUUCUCCAUUGGCGUGGGCUCCCGCCUGGAUGGCUUUCGGAACCGGGGCCCGGGCUGCACCUGGGAUUCUCUGCGGAAUUCAGUGGGGGAGAAGAUCCUGUCCCUCCGCAGCUGCUCCCUAGACUCCUUGGGUGCUCUGGGCUCUGCCUGCUGCAGUGUCCUCAGUGAGCUCUCUGAGGAGCAGGCCUUCCACGUCAGCUACCUGGAUAUUGAGGAGUUGAGCCUGAGCGGCCUCUGCCAGUGCCUGGUAGAGCUGUCCACACAGCCCGCCACCGUGUGCCACGGCUCUGCAGCCACCAGGGAGGCGGCCCGUGGGGAGGCUGCCCGCCGGGCCCUGCAGUACCUCAAGAUCAUGGCAGGCAGCAAGUGAUGGACUCACAGACGGGCACCCUCGCUUCCUGCUCUUCCAGCGUCCGGCCCACGCACCUGCCCAGCUGUGGUACCGAGGAGGUGCCAUCUCUACCUCUGAUGCGGACUGCCUGCCUGCAGGCUGAGGGGGGCUCCGGGCCAGGAGCCAGGGACCACAGGGCCUCCGCUGGCCCAGGAUCCUUUUACUGGUGGUGACGAGUGGGAAUGAAAUUGGCAGGCUCUGCCUGAGAGCCCAGAAUAAAUACGCUGCUCCUUGGAUU